UAGAUACAAGCGGAUACGAAAGGAUAAAUAUUUAACAUUUCGCGAAUAAUUCGAAAGGAGUUGACGGAAAAUGCUUCAAACGCUACGCGAACGUUCGCAGAAACGCAAGAAAUUGCUGGCUCAGACGCUAGGUGUUUCUAGCGUCGACGAGUUGCGACAAAUUCUUGGCACGGAUGUGGACGAUUCGCAAAAGAAAAAGAUAAAAUCCGUAACGGAGAAAUCCGAAAACGGAGUAAAAGAUUGCAAGAGCGAAGCGGCUCCGACCGACGAAAUCGUCUACAAGGAUUCGUCGACGUUUCUAAAGGGGACGCAAUCGUCGAAUCCGCACAACGACUAUUGUCAACACUUUAUCGACACGGGACAGCGGCCGCAAAAUUUCAUCAGAGACGUCGGUCUGGCGGAUAGAUUCGAGGAAUAUCCGAAAUUACGAGAACUGAUCAAAUUGAAAGACGACUUAAUCGCCGAGACCGCGACACCGCCAAUGUAUCUAAAGACCGAUCUGCUUUCUUACAAUUUGAAAGAACUAAAUUGCAAGUUCGACGUGAUUUUGAUCGAGCCGCCGUUGGAGGAAUAUCAACGCACUUGCGGUGCUACGAACGUGCAACUUUGGAAUUGGGAUCAGAUAAUGGAAUUAGAUAUCGGCGAAGUGGCGGCCAAUCGGAGCUUCGUGUUUCUGUGGUGCGGUAGUAGCGACGGAUUAGAUAUGGGACGUUUUUGCCUUCGGAAAUGGGGUUUCAGACGAUGCGAAGACAUAUGCUGGAUUCGCACCAACAUCAAUAAUCCGGGACACAGUAAAAAUCUGGACAGUAAGGCGGUACUUCAGAGAACUAAAGAGCACUGUUUGAUGGGCAUCAAGGGGACCGUUCGGCGUUCCACGGACGGUGAUUUCAUUCACGCUAACGUAGACAUCGAUCUGAUCAUUUCGGAGGAGCCCGAGUACGGUUCUAUAGAGAAACCCGUGGAAAUUUUUCACAUAAUCGAGCACUUUUGCCUCGGUAGACGACGCUUGCAUUUGUUCGGACGCGACAGCACCAUUCGACCAGGCUGGCUUACAGUCGGACCAGAAUUAACCAAUACGAACUUCAACGCGGAUCUUUAUACCAGUUACUUUGCCAACGGUCAAAUUACCACUGGUUGUACGGAACGCAUCGAAGCUCUAAGACCAAAGUCACCACCGCCAAAGGGAAAAGUUGUCGGUCGAGUUAGAGGCGGUUUCAGCCGAGGUCGAGGUAGAGGAAGGUAAAACGGUUCGCACGCAUCGAUGCUAGUGUUUCAACCCUCUUCUAUACGCGAUAAACUUUACACAACUAUUUUAAUUUCUUUCGCUAAAAGAUUCUGUACCACACGAAGAGAACUUGUACCUUUUUUGUAUUGUACGAUAUUUCGCUUUACACAUAUUGUUAUAUAGUUUGUUUCGAAUAUGCCGCGCUACCGAAUAUUCCAAUUCUCUCCGACGCUAGCGUGUAAAUAUAAUUACGCAACGAAUUAGUUGACGCGUGGCUAUUAUCGAAACUAAACUAACUAGAAUAGACUCUUUCGCGUCUCGAUUCGUCAUUUAAGAUCAGGUCGCGACGUCUUUGACAGUAUACACCGCGUUAUAUGUAAAUACUUUUGUCCAUUCGCAUCGCAUUUGGAAUAUUUUGUAACGCAAAUCAACAUACACAACAUGUUUGAAAUAAAGUUCAGUCGAAUCAAA